AAUAGUUUAAAAAUUUAUUUACGUCCACUAUCAAGAAAAUUGUAUUUAUGAUUAAGUAUUUCCCGCGGCGGCAUCACGAGAAUUUUUAAGCAACCGCCCUCGUCUUGGUAUGUUCCAACACCGCGCCCUGCUCCGCAGUUUCGGCUUCAAGCGAAAAUCAUGCGACUGAAACUACGAUGUUCGCGUCACCCAGGAAUCAACUGCCCCUCUUCAGGUUCGCUCAUCCUUCGCUCUUCUUGGCACCGCUCUCGCGACACCCUCGCCACCAAUCCACUCAUCCGCCGCCGCCGCCGCCGCCGCCGCCGCCACGAGAACCCACGUCCCUAGAUCACGAGCUCGACCGAGUGUGCGUAUCGGACCGGUCGUUCUGGACCAGGAAGAUACACGAUCUCUGCACCCGCCACCGGAACGUCGACGCCGCCCUCCGCCUCCUCGACCACCUCCGCCUCCGCGGCUACCGACCCGACCCGCUCAACCUCAGCAGCGUGGUCCACGCUCUCUGCGACGCGGGCCGGUUCGAGGAGGCCCGCCGUCGGCUCGUCUCCUUCGUUUCGUCUGGUUAUGUCGUCCCGGACGAGCGCACCUGCAACACGAUCGUCGCUAGAUUGCUCGAUUCUCGCGACCCACGGGGCACGUUGCGGGUCAUAAGGUGUUUGGCUGAUGUCAAGCCCGGGUACGUGUGUUCCUUGACUAAUUUUAACCGCUUGAUUGAUCAGUGGUGCUGCAUUUCGAGACCCAAUUAUGGGCACAGGGUGUUUCUGGAUAUGAAGAGCCUGGGGCAUCGUCCGAGCUGCGUUUCUUACACCACUUUGAUCAAUGGGUAUUGUAAGGUGGGCGAUGUGAGGGCUGCACAGAAGCUGUUUGAUGAAAUGGUCGAAGAAGGUAUAAGGCCCAAUUCUUUGACAUAUAGUGCGUUGGUCAGUGGUUUUCUUCGACGGCGAGAUGGGGAGAGGGCAAGGGAAUUGAUUGUGAGGCUCUGGCAGGUAAUGAAAUGCGAAGAGGACUCAUUUGUAAGCAACGCUGCUUUUGUGGAUCUUAUUGAUUCUUUGUGCAGAGAAGGGUUUUUUGAUGAAGUGUUUCAGAUUGCGGAAAGUAUGCCUCAGGGCCUGAAAGCUGUUGCAGAGGAGCAUGCUUAUGGGCAGAUGAUAGAUUCUCUUUGUAAAUUCGGAAGGCAUCAUGGAGCUUCAAGGAUCGUCUAUAUAAUGAGGAAGCGAGGAAUCUCACCGAGUUUAGCAUCAUACAAUUCUAUUGUUCAUGGGCUUAGCAAGCAGGGUGCUUGCAUGAGAGCUUGCCAGCUGCUAAAGGAAGGGAUCGAGUUUGGUUACUUACCCUCUGAGUAUACUUACAAGGUUCUGGUCGAAGCUCUUUGCCAGGAAUCUGACCUUCCCAAGGCAAGGGAAGUCCUGCACGUUAUGCUGAAUAAGGAAGGUGUGCAAAAGACAAGGAUCUAUAACAUUUAUCUAAGAGCUCUCUGUCUCGUGAAUAACCCAACUGAGCUCUUAAAUGUGCUUGUUUCAAUGCUUCAAAGUAAUUGUCAGCCUGACGUUAUAAGCCUUAACACGAUCAUUCAUGGGUUUUGCAAGACUGGGAGAGUGGAAGAUGCUCUAAAAAUUUUACAUGAUAUGAUUAGCGGUAAAUUCCGUGCUCCAGAUGCUGUGACAUUCACUACAGUUAUUUCUGGUUUGCUGGAUGUUGGAAAAUCCCAGGAAGCUUUAGACUUAUUACAUCAUGCUAUUCUUGCGGAAAACUCUAAACCUUCUGUUGUGACAUACAAUGCAGUUCUUCGUGGAUUGUUCAAACUUAGUAAAGUAAAGGAAGCAGAAGAUAUAUUUAUUAGCAUGAAAAAUCAUGGUGUUGCGGCAGAUUGCACGACCUAUUCUAUUUUAAUUGAUGGUCUAUGUAAUUGUAAUCAAGUAGACAAAGCUAAGAGGUUAUGGGAUGAUGUUAUCUGGCCGUCCAAAGUGCAUGACAAUUAUGUUUAUGCAGCCCUACUCAAAGGAAUAUGUACAUCAGGUGAUCUGGAUGGGGCUUGUCAUUUUCUUUAUGAACUGGUAGACUCUGGGGUUUCUCCGAAUAUUUUUUGCUACAACAUUCUGAUUGAUAAAGCCUGUAAAUUAGGUUUGAAAAGAGAAGCUUAUCAAAUUCUUGGUGAAAUGAAGAAGAAUGGUCUAGCUCCUGAUGCUGUUACAUGGAGGACUCUUGACAAAUUACAUAGCUGUGUGAAAGUGCAAUCUUACUCUGAGGAUUCAUCAUCACAAUCUGAAGGGAGUCUGCCUGAGUUGAUCAGGGAAGAAAGGUUUAAGUAUUCAUGAUGUUAUCAGGAAAGUAUUAAAAAAGGUUUGCUUGUUUGGCAUAAGCACAUUACUGGAUCUCUUCUAUUCCCAGUGCUUACCUGUGGAAGUGUCAUUGAAGCAACAUGAUUCAUCUGAUGCCAGAGAAAUGGUAUAAUAAGAUAUCGGUUCUAUGACCAGAAUUGUGGCUGCUAGGUCACUGUGCUUACUUAAAAUGAAAAAGAACUGAUGUAUCAUGGGCUGAUGGCCUUUGCUUUUGGCAUAUUAGAAGAUUUAGUGAAGGAACCUGACUUCUUUAACUCCAUUGGUUUCGGCACCACCUUCUUGUGGAGGAAGUCUUGCACCGAUACAACUCUAGCUGCUUCCUCAACUUCCUGGGGUUCAGACUCUGCUGCUGUCAUCUAUCCACUAACCUUGCUUGAGCAAUUAACCAGUCCUUCUCUAGCAUCUUGCAUGUGAAAUGAUUCUGUCCGUUCGUUCUUAUUCUUGCAAAUUUAUGGUAGUCAACCUCUAAGAUUAAUCACAGAAGGUUGAUUCAUAAGUGUUUCUGGGGUUGACACUCUGCUAAGCUGCAUUGUGAUGGAGCUGACAUCAUAUAUCUCUGAUUUUGCCGAGCUUGAUCCAUGAGAUGCAUCCAGGAACCUGUUACCAGUGAAGUCAUGCUUAAUUGUGGAUCAUCUCAUACAAAUUUGACUAUUUUCUUUAGGAACAUGAAAUUUCACCAAUAUGUCAGAAGGGGAAACAGUGCAAGAAGCCAGUCAAUGAUAAAAUGUUCCAUUUCAAAGCAAGAGUAAACAUAGGCAGCAAAGGAAUUUUUGUGCCAUUUAUGGCAAUGCAGGUGACACAUUGCAGGUCAUUUUUGCUCAGCAACUCAGAUGUAUAUAAUCGAUCAGAAGAAUUUGACUUGCUCAAUUUUGUGUACAUUGAAUUUAGCCAUCAUAGUGCUGAAAAGAGCUGGGCUUGACUUAAGUACUUGUCUAGUCUGAUUUCAAUGGUUGGCUGCUUUUUGUUGUAUAGACAGAUACACUUCUAUAUGCAGGUCCAACAAAUUUUACAGUUAAUUGAGUUUGUUAUUAGUGCAUUUAUUGAUAUCGCUCCUGUACAGUGCUCUUUUGUUUGGUUCAGCACCGUCGCAUACGUAGUUGCAUUUAGGCAAGCUUUACGAACAAAACAGAAACUACAAUUACAAGCCAACGAGUGUAAGAAGACAUCUGUAAUUCAUCAGAGCCUUUUUCCUUGCCUGCUUUCUUGUGUCUGUAAAUCACAUCUCUUAUGCCGUAGGA